GUGCAUUUUUGUUUUUCUCUCCUUCCGCAUAUAAAACAUAACGUAGAAACGUAUGUACGGCGCAGCGUGUAGCGUGGUCGGCGUGGUUGGCGUGGCUAUUUUUUUUGGAGAAAAUCGCUUUUGUUUUCUAGCUGCGGGGUAAAAUGAGCUUUCGUGUAAAACCAAUCGUGCAAUUGUCGUUUGUUCAAUGUCGCAGCUUCACGACGUCCGAGGUUCGCCAUGGAAAACGAAAUUUUCGGAAGUUCUUGAUGCCCAACGUUCGCGGCACAUUCCACGACAGAGCUCGCAAAGACCGCAUAAUUGAGACCUAUGGCUACCGUGAACCCGGAAUCGAGCGAGGUAACCGCCUGGAGAUGGUUCCAGAAAUGGAGCCUGAGCUGGUGGUUCCGGACUUGGAGGGAUUCCAGCUGAAGCCGUACGUGUCGUACCGGGCAGCCGAGGUGUGCCAGGGGGAGUUUACGGCCCGGGACCUGUUUGAUGCCCAGUACUCGGAGCAAGUGGCCAAGGACUUCAAGGAAGGCUUCCGAGAUCUCGAGCACCACACCAGGACUGUGUCUGAGCGGCUCAGUAAAGAAGAGGCACUGCAGAGGGCAAGGCAGACGGGCAGUGACAUCUUCCAGCCAAAGUGGCUUACCAAGAUCUUUCAGGAGCAGUAAAGCCCCCAGCAAAGCUUGCUAGAUAUCAAGAUGGCCCCGAUUGGUCCUGGGUCACCAUCAGAGUGCAUCUUGCUGAAGUCUGCGGAACCGAUACUGCCAGGCUGGUCCUAGUGCUGGUGGGUGUCAAGGCUACUUCUUGGACCAUGUAUAAAGGGGUUGUAGUGUAGAUGAUGGACAGUUGCCUGUUGCAACCUUCUGAUAGACAUUUUGUUUUAAAAAUAAAUUGUUCCAAGCAACUUCAUACAAGUCGUCGAUUGUUCUGAAAAUGACAGUGAGGUCAUCUCCUGUAACCCACCAUGAUUUCCCUCUAGUACUGUGCAAUAUCAUUUUGUUUGUUAACUGACAUGGUGUUUUCAUUCUCUGAUUUUCAAAUUCUUGUGUAGGGAAAAAGUUCUUUGCUUCACUAUAUAAUAUUCAUACAUUCUUAAGACCAGUAUUUACUUAGGGCAGUUUCACCUGGAUAUCCGGCUUGAACUCGCGUGAAAAUCUGUACUAUAGAUUACUAUUGCAGGGGCAACAUUUUCCAACUAGGUCAAGUAGUUUUGCAUCUUAAUCGACUGCAUCAGACGAAGUAGUCAGCAACAUAAUGAAGCAUUGGUUGGUACUUCAUUUUCGCACAGCCCUGCUGUUAUUCGAAAAUGAGAUAAGCCAACGCAUGAGUUGUCGAAAAAAAAUGGCUUAGCAAUGGUUGGUGCAGCCCUUCUCUGGUCUUGUUUCUGUCAUCAGUGGAGCCAUUUACCAUGCUUCAGAUGACUAGCUGCUUACACAAAAGACCAUGCCAACGAAGAGUCGCUUCGAUGCAAACCAAUGCGGAAAAAAUCUUGGAAAAGGUUCACCAGCAUGGAUGCAGACGGCUUGCCGGAACUAAAACAGGGCUUUUGGAAUCCACCCUGGGAGACAGGUUUUGUUGUAGAAAGUAUUCAUAUGCCGUGAAGUGCCUAACAUACAAGUGAAUGCACUCGCUGACAGUCGAGACUCGAGAACAACAAUGUUAAUAGCGUCAUUCGCAUACAGUUGAGAUACACUGGCCAUCCAGGAACACAGCUAUUCAUUGGCUACAUUCUGUUGUCGAAACUAUCAAACCAAGUACAGAUAUGCAAUGUAGCAGGAUGUAGCCGACUCUUUCGUCUGGCAACUUUCCUGCUUUCACAGUGCUACCACAAAGCAAGUCUGCUUUUCAAAAUGAUGCUUUGCUGUGCUUUUUUGAGGCAUUGAUUCUUCAGAUAGAUUUAUGCUAGCUUCCUCUGUUUGUGCGAGUUGCCUCUAGUUUAGUUCAGCACCUUUCAAUAUUUGUACCUUGCCUCAUGCUUUAGCAAGCACUCGAAAUUUGGGGAUGUGUACCAUUAUUUUUUUAUGCUGAUCAAUAAAAUCUUCAUCCAUCAGCUAG